AAUAGGGAGAAAGACAGAGGUACAAAAAUUGCAUUGUCAGAAUAGGAGAACACAUGCUGCUACAUAGAAGAAAAUAUUGUCAGGUUUCUGAACUGAAUUGGUCUUUCUUUCCACACAAUCAUAAGGAUCGUGACUGUUACACUUCAUUACAAAAAUACCUAGUGUAAAAUAUGUGAUGUGAUGCAAGGCUAUUAUAAAGUGGCUUCUAUAGGAAACAAGCAUAUGAUAAAUGUAGAAUUUGGACAUAAAUAUUAUAACCUGUAAGGCCAGCCGAAGCACAGCAGCUUAUCUACUUGGAUCGGAAGCCCAGCAACACCAUUUGACAUUCAAGGCAUGCACAGAAUUGCAACUAUAUGAGGCAUUACUAUAAAUACUAUUUGUUACUGUUGGAAGGUACCGGCCGGUAUUAUUUUUGUUUGGUCAUCGCUGACCGUUGAUUUGAUAUGUGAAUUAAAAAAUAAAUUAAUGUCAAUUUAAGUACCGCUCACACAGAUUUGAUACAUUUUCUAGGUACCUCUUAUAUCUUAACCGUUGAUUUUACCACGAUGAACGGCUAUCAUUUAUUCCAACCAUAGUAAAAUUUCUCUUUUUGUUUAAUAUCUUUCUGCAAGUCACAACAUAAUACAUUAUUGAAAUUCUUUUUCAUUUUGUUGAGACAGACAAUUUAAUUGCACUCUAGAAUAUUUUUUCUGCAAGUGACAAAAGUUAGACAUUAUUUGAAGUUCUUUUACAUUGUUCCAUUGGGCAAAACAAUUUAAUUGUAGUCUUGUUUAGUUUAAUAGUCGCAGCUUGAUGUCAACAUUCUCUUGGAGAUUAAUUUUAUUAGAUGCAUUUCUUCUAAUCUCAAUGUUCAGAAGUUUAAUGAUUGCGCAAAUUACUCUCAUCAAGGGCAUUCUAUAUCAAAUUUCGUCAUCAAGGAAACUUUUCAGAUUGACUGAUCUCGUGAUUCUUUGAAAUAUGGAAGCAGUUCUAAUCGACAAGUUUACACAUAAGAACAGAAUAUGAAUUCUACUGAUUUGUCUUUCUUUUAGUGCAAACUACAACACGGAAGGGAAAUGGAUAGGAAGAAAUAAGAAGAUAAAGAUUUCCUAUAGCAUGAGAAAAGCACACAAUUCGUCGCUCUCUAGGCAAAGGCAAUUGAAUGCGAGCAUGCGCAUGGCCUGCUUGUAAUUGCAGGGGUAUCGCUGCUGCUGCCAACACCCGCGUGCAUGGAGACCGCACCUGCGAUCCUUACAGCCCCUGAUGUACCUCGCAACACUUUGCUAUCUAGGAGGUAGAGCACAUCGACCGUGACUCUGUGAGGGCCAUCAAUUGCGAGGUCAACGAGUGAGGACGCCACGCCGGACGCAUCGCGACGCGGGUUCCUCCAGCAUCUUGCAGAACUUGUUGAGGGCCGUUCUUGCCUUGUGGCGCUCCUGCAGGCCGCCGUAGGCUGUGAUGGUGGCCGAGGGUUGCGUUCGGAAUUCUGGACAGUGGUGUUGCAGCCGUAGGGAUGAAGCUCGGAAGUCCGUUGAGCCAUCCCGAAAGCUCGGGAAACUGUAGAGAUCGAAGCUCGGGAUCGACCAUGGCAAUGGAUGGCUGGGAUUGAAUUUGCCAGAGAUCCGACGGAACUAGUUUCUGGACAACGUGGCCCAAUCACCAUUGAAAAAGUUCACCGGAUUUAGAUCUUUAGAGAUUAGUAGGCAUGACUACUGACUAUAUAUUAAGUAGGUGUUGGUAAGUGACGAUUGCAACAUGUGUCGAGAGAUAAAAAUCGCUCUGGUAAACUGAUCUAAUUGUGAGCUACAUUGUGAAUCUAUAGAUAAAAUCUGUUUUCCCCCUUUCUGUAGAUAAAGUCAGUAAAAAUAAUUUAUAAUCGGCGCGUAAAUAUCCGUAGUGGGGAUAUUUAAUUAUUUGCCAUCCUUACAAAUAGUACCUGCUCAUUUGUCGUCCUUAUUUUAGCUUCUACAUUCUUGUUAUCCCUCUACAAUCCAAGCUAAUAAAUUGCUAAUUUUGCCUACGUGACGAGCCAAGUCACCAGACCAGCAUGGAAGGAGCACACGAAAAGACCCCUUUGCCCCUACCUUUCUUCUAGCUCUAGCUCUCUGUUUCUUCUCACCUCCGCUUCCUUCUCUCCGACGGCCCUUGCUAGUCACGAGCACCUCCUAGACCGAGAGCGCGCGACGCAGGGAGGGUGUCGUCUGCCGCCCGGCCAGCCAGUCUCCUGGCUAGCUCUAGCUAGCUUCUCCGCGUUGAUUUCGCGCACGCACGGAACACACGAAGGCACACUUCCUUCUCUAAUUUGCUUUCAAGCGCAUCCAUUGAAUGUGAGUUGCGCCGUAGGUGGCUGGCGGCGUGCGGCUUGGCUCGGCAAUGGCGUCCGCAGAGGCGCAGCAGCGCUCCUACGCGUGCGCGGUGGGGAAGGAGGCAAUUGAAGGUGAAGAGGGGCUUCUCACCGCGGCAGGGAGGGGCGGUAUGGGCCGUAGGGCGGCCAAGCAGGUCAGGACGACCGCGGAGGUGGCCAAGGGGGCGGCGUCCUUGGGCGAGGCGUCGGCGGACCCAAAGAGCCCAGCCUCAUCCGCGGCCUCCUUGGCAACGCCGGCCGCGGCGCGGCGGCGGAUCCCUAGGCGAGCGUUGCGGCAGGCUAGCGCGGCGGCGAGCAGGGAGAGAGGCGGCCGCGCACACGCUCGAGUGCGCCGAGCACGCCGCGGGGAGGGCGCCGAGCUUGAGCUCGCCAUGAGCCUCCACGUCGCCGUCGCCAUCCACUGCAGCCUGGCCCGGGACGCCGACGUGAUCCCUGUCCUCGAACGCGCCGUCGCCUGCUACGGCAAAGGACUCGAGAUCCUGAUGCCAUGCUCGGCGACCACGAUCCCCGCGUCGCCGAGACCUGCACGUGAUCUCGGCUAGCAGGGACACCAGACACGGAGUUGCUGCCCGUGGUGGUGGCUGGUAGCGCGCGGGCGGGCGGGCAUGCUCAGGCGACGGCCAUGGGCGGAGGAGAGCACGCCCUUGAAGGCCUCACGCACGGACCGGGUGUCGGCGCAACUCUCGUGUCCAGCACAACUUGGUGACAGAGAUGGCAGCCAACGGG